UGAGGUGAUGUCCAAUCUAACAAGAAAAAUCAUAUCAAAUCAAACAGGCAAAACAAGAGCAAAAUACACACACGGACUCAACAAUAUCUGAGAUCUCCUAUCUGACUGGCUUUUCAGCACUCUCUCUCUCGGUCUCUGUGUGUGCAACAUACAUAUUUGCAUGUAGGCGUGCAUGUUUUCCUAAUUUAUUCUAUCCUCAGAUGAUCGCUCAGUGAAGUGGUACAUCCAAACCCAGAAUUAAGCAUCCUCGCUCUGAUUCCACCUUUAGCCAAUAGGCGCCCUACAGUCACAAAGCGCCACCCCACCUUCUCUCAGAACUGCUUUGCUCGGCCACUUGAGCACACAGCGCCGAGGCACCUGCCUAGACAGUCUACCAGUGCGGAGACAGUAGAAACGGAACAAAUUCAGAUUAGUCGUCUAUUUUUAUUUACCGAGUGACCACACUUAACCAGGCUGCUCCACUGGGACGAAACAAUUAGUGGCUGGAUUUAUCUAAGCUUCCAAAAAAUAGUUUUGGUUUCUUUUGCGCACUGGUUGUAAGUAACGCAAAUCUGACAGUUGUCCAUCCGAUCGCUGAACCUGGACAGACAAGAGCCAACGCACUGUUCUGAGCGCUACUGCACAUACAUGGGGCUCGCUGCAUUGUUCAGAAGAUGUGUCUCUCUUCACAGUUGAAGUCUUCGCCGUCAGCCACCGCGGUCUUGCGAGGAUCGGAGUUCUCGGUGGAUGUCUACGCUUUCCGCCCGCGUCGCCCGUGCUGUCGGGGGAAGCCGUUGAACUGAGAUGGCUGUGGCGGCGGUUUGUCCGGAUCAAAGACGCCUGCAGUCGUACCACCGAACUUGGGGGGAGGGAGUUUUGAUUGCGGUGCUGUGUCUCCUAACCGUCUUACCUGUCAGACAACUUUGCGCUUUCCCUUCCUCCCUUAGCGAUUGUCAAACACCCACUGGAUGGAAUUGCUCCGGUUUUGACGAGCAGGACACAGACCUCUUCCUCUGCGACACCAACACGUGCAAAUUUGACGGAGAAUGCCUGAGAAUCGGUGACACGGUCACAUGCAUCUGCGACUUCAAAUGCAGCAGUGACUAUGUCCCCGUGUGCGGCUCGAAUGGAGAGAGUUAUGAGAACGAGUGCUUCCUGCGGAGGGAGGCCUGCAAGCUGCAGACGGAGGUGCUGGUCGUGUCAGAAGGCUCCUGCCCCAUCGAUGCUGGCUCUGGCUCGGGGGAUGAUGCAGGUGGGGAGGGCUCAGCGGAGACCAGUCAGAGAGAGACGUCCACCUGUGACAUCUGCCAGUUCGGCGCAGAGUGUGACGAGGACGCAGAGGACGUCUGGUGUGUGUGCAACAUUGACUGUGCCCACACCAACUUUAACCCAGUCUGCGCGUCAGACGGCCGUUCCUAUGACAACCCCUGCCAGGUGAAGGAGGCGUCGUGUCAGAAGCAGGAGAAGAUUGAGGUGCGACACCUCGGUCACUGCCAAGAGGAGAGGACGGACAGCAUGAGUCCCAACGCCAGAGGCCUCUCGAACCCCUGCCCCGAGCGCUACAAGAACUACUGUGUCCACGGAGACUGCCAGUACCCCGACAGCCUCUCACCUCCCACCUGCAGCUGUCACACGGGCUUCAGUGGGCCUCAGUGUGACACUAAAGACUACAACGUGAUGUACGUGGUGCCUGGUUCCGGAAAAGUCCGUUACGUCCUCAUCGCCUCCAUCAUCGGAGCACUGCAGGUGGCAGUCAUCUGUCUGGUGGUGCUGUGUAUCACACGGAAGUGCCCGCGGACCAACAGGAUAGCGCGUCAGAAGCAGAACGUCCCACACUACAACUCAGAAAACACCUUGCGCGCCUCCACUCGACUCAUCUGAGACACACACACAGAAAACACACACACACACACAUAACAAGUCACACACCAAACAAAUCACAGGUGCACACACAUUCUGUGGAAGGUACGAGGGAGUGGUCACACAAACACCCCUACACCCCUGCAGAAGCAGACGUAGAUUAAAGGGGUGUAGGGGGUGGGGUGGGGUGUUGUGACCCCAACAUGCCAAGUCUGCCCAUACAUGUGAUAGGUUGAAUGUGCCGUCAGUCCCCGUUCCCUUCCUGUAUUGGUCUAUCAGAGCAAGAUGGAGGCGGGGCUUGUGUGUGGUGGGAUGGUCUUGCUCUUCGGUUUUAGCCCCUCCCUCCUCUCUUUCUAUCCAAUAGCAGCACACGUAGGAAGAGGAGGAGGCGAGGCCUGGCCCUGCAGCCCACACCGCUGAACCAAUGGGAGGAGGGGGUGAAAGAGACACCCCCAGUCACGCCCGCCGCC